GAAGAAUAGGAUAUGGCCAUCUUCUGUUUCCUUGUCGAUCAGAGAAAGCAAGUCCGGGGGAGAAAGCCGGCCGCCGGUUUAUGCUCAAGAUGCGGAGGAGGAGCAGUGGUGGCGGACAUGAAAACAUCUACUAGAUUCUGUGGGGUCCCUUUUUACCGCAAAGCAUGGAAGGCCAUCGUCUGUCACUUCUGUGGCGCCGUCCUCAAAUCUUACCACUAAUGAGAGCGAUGAUUUAUGAACCAACCAAGUCCCCAACGUCUUCUUCAUCUUGUUUCUGUUUUUGUUUUUUAAUUCAAAUUUGUUGGUCGUAACGAAUCAAGCUACUUGCCAUUGUAUAUAGCUUGUUUGCCUAGUUCUCUUCUAUAGACCCUUAUUUGUUAUUCA